AUGCGUUGGUUCCGAGUGGAUGACUUUUUCCAAUCAAUCCGGCCCGUGUAUCUGACGGCUAGGAUGUUUCUGCUGCACUUCGAAACGCUGGAUUUCCAACGGCAAACUCACCGGCGGACACUGCUCGAUCAGGCCGGAUUGGUUCUUACCUUGGUGAUGGAUUUGUUUCUCGCGACAGUGGCAUUUCGAAAUAUUACGGCCAUACUGCAAAUGUCGGAUUCGGUGCUUCUGAGCUUGGGCUAUUAUGUAUCGUUUAUGUUUGGAACUGUGAUCGCGUUGGCCAUUCCGUCGUGGAAUAGCUGGCAGGCGGAGUCAGUGUUCGAAAUAUACGCAAACAUUGCCAACGUCGACGAUGACCUAAGACAGUUAGGAAUUACUAUUGACCACCAGAAGCAUCACUUCGUUUCCACUAUUUCUCCAAAAUUUUCCUCGAAAUCCACGGAAGACACCAAUCAUCUCGGGAAUAUCAUAAGAAAGUUUGCUGCCCUACACGAUCUACUGUGCGACACGGUGGAACUUUUCAACCGGUGCUUCUCUGUCCAGGCCAUGCUCUGUAUGGCGCCGAGUUUCAGCUUUACCGUCUUUUCUCUAUUCGGUGUGAUUCAUUCGUACGCAUCACGAGCAGAUAACGACACCCUGCAGGUAUCCUGGUCCAACAUGAUCUACGAUAUGCUGCCCGUGUACUUCAUGAUACAAAUGGUGCUAUGUUCCGGAUUGGUCCAUGCCAAGUGUAAACAAACGGCAGUUUUGAUUCACAAAACAAUCUCCUGUGGCGCGUACAAUAGAAAAUUGCUGAUGGAGCUUAGAGCAUUUUCCCAACAAUUGGGACAUCAUGCACCGAAAAUGUCCUGCAGAGUUUUCGACUUCGAUUGGACGUUAUUUUUUACGAUGGCCGGUUCUCUGACAACCUAUUUGGUGAUUUUGGUACAAUUUGACCUAGUCAAUUUUAGCACCACUAAUCGUAAGUGA